GAUUAGCCGUAGGCCAUCGUAUUCUUUAGAGUAUGCGGUGAUUUGUUCAUAAUUCGGUGUGUUAAGUCGGAUCCCAGUACUCACUCUAGCUGGGGAUGGGAAAGUGAUAUGGGUUGUGUGAGUUCCAAGCUAGUUCCGGAACCCCCGGUUCUAGGAGAGGGAGAAAUCGUGAAAACCGUCUAUGCUCCUAAUGAUAACAACGAUAGACAGGGCAAGAAUGGCCGAAACAGACAAUCUGGCCAGAGGGGCAUCCGAGGCCAACAGAACGCUGGAAGGGAUAAUAACAACCAGGAUGGUCCCCCAAGAGGCAAAAUUGCUAAAUACAAGGCGAGAUUCGAUCCUCGUGUCACAGCUAAGUAUGACAUUAAAGCUCUGAUAGGCCGAGGAAGUUUCAGCCGAGUUGUACGAGUAGAACACAAAAUCACUAAGCAGCCAUAUGCUAUAAAGAUGAUAGAUCGGGUACAGGGGAAGGAAGUAUUCGAGUCCGAACUAGCCGUACUCAGAAGGGUAAAACAUGACUAUAUCAUUCAACUGAUUGAGGUGUUUGAGAGCAAAGAUAAAGUGUACAUGGUAAUGGAGCUAGCAACUGGAGGCGAGCUCUUUGACCGGAUAAUCUCCAAGGGUAGUUUCACAGAAAAGGAUGCUAGUAAAAAUCUGAAAAUGGUCAUGGAAGGACUGCGUUACUUACACAAUCUAGGAAUAACACAUCGAGAUUUGAAACCAGAAAACUUGCUGUACUAUCACCCUGGUCAUGACUCCAAAAUCAUGAUCACAGACUUUGGUCUAAGUGCCACACGUAAAGCUGGAGAAAUGUACAUGAAAACAACGUGUGGAACGCCCGAAUACAUUGCCCCUGAAAUUCUGGCACGGAAGCCAUAUACAAACAUUGUGGACCUGUGGGCAGUUGGAGUUAUCACUUAUAUUUUACUAAGUGGAACGAUGCCUUUUGAUGAUGAGAAUAGGACUCGGUUAUAUAGACAGAUUCUCAAGGCCAAGUAUUCAUAUGCAGGAGAGCAUUGGAAAGAUGUCUCUCCUUUGGCCAAAGACUUCAUAGAUAAGCUCCUGGUGCUGGACCCCAACCAAAGGCUGACUGCUGCCCAAGCAGUGAAGCAUCCCUGGAUCGCCACCAAUGCGGCUUCUUCCAGUAACAAAAAUCUGCAUCGGACAAUCAGUCAGAAUCUGCUGCAUCGCCAAUCUACCCGCGCCAACAGCACAAAGAGUGCCAAAAGUACCAAAUCAGCUAAAUCCACAAAGUCGAACAAAUCCAGUAAGUCCUUGCGGUCAGAGCAUCGGCGCGUCCAGCCAGAGGAAUUGGAAGAGCUUCAAAAAGAACUACAACACCACCCUCUCUGAGAGGGCAAAUAGACAGCUGGCGGGUCAUGUCAAAGUCCAGGGCCGUUUUAGGUCAAGGUCAUGUGGGUUUGAGAUGGAUGCUGACCUUGGUGGAUGAUGCCAAAGGUCCAAGGUCAUUCAGGAUCCCUUGAGGAAACUGUGAAGUAGACUUUGAUGGAGUACAAAAUCUGGUCCUGAUGACUGGUCACUGGUAUUGUUAACCAUAAUGGCAAGGGAAGUGACAGUCAUUGGCUUGCAGGAUGGCUCGUAUUCUCCAUUCCUGAGUCAUUCAACUGCUCCAACUGUGUGAAGAAAAUCACGCUCUCACAAGGAAGAAGGGAUACUUCUGUCUACCAUCUCAUUCUGGUUCCAUCAUUGGACCAGGAACACCAAUGAGGCCAUCAGCACAGUAUAUAUAUGUAAUAAAUAUAUAUAUAAAUAUAUGUACAUAGUAUAUAAUGGUGUAAUAUAUCCAGUACAAGUCAAGGAAUUAAUGGUGCUCAGGGUGCUGCUGAUAGAUGGCAGCACAAGUCAUAAAUGCAGUGUUCAAUACAAGAGGAGACUGGUUCUCAGUUCAUGAUUCCAGUAUUUCCUCCGAUAUCAGGCAGGGUACAUAUUCAUUUAUGAAUAUAUAGUGUUCAAAGAGAAAAUUAUAUGCUGAAAGUAAGGUUGUAUAUUUAGAAAUAUUUAAGCAGCUGUCAGUCCAAACAUGGUGUGCAUGAAGGGUGAGGUUUUUUAGGACGAAGAAAAUAAUCCUCUCCUCCUUUUCCUCCACCAACACAGUUUCUGAGCAAGGAGGUACUUCUUACUGUAAGAAAGAGAAAGUACAGUUGGGAAAGCAAAUUAAGGGCAGUAAGGGUGAACAGGAACCUAAAUCUAUUAGUCACAGGCCAUGCCAGCAUUACUGCUGCCUCCUUGAACAAAGUCAUCUAAAUGUUCAUCCACUGGGAGGAGACCCACCUUCACUGUAGAGUCCAUAUCGUAUUCUGUUACAUGAAAAUUGGGACCUUUUAGCAUGGGGCUUUUUUUAUUUUUCAGUGUUUUAAUUUAUUUUUAUCCAUAAUGGGUGGGGAGUGUUGACUGGGUGUUUUUUGCCAGGGCCACAAUAGUGUUAUGAUUAUUAUUAUCUUUUUUUCCUACCAAAAUGGGUGGAUUGCAGCAGACGUCGUGAUUUAUUUUUGGACAAUAUGUAUGUUAUUACAUGAGGUGUCAGUGCUCGCCUCAUUUACCAACAUAUAGGCGGGGAGCAAAAAAGUUUGACAUUAGAACUGCUACAAGGCAGCCAUUAAUUUUAAAACAAAGCAAAUGCGAUUUUGAGUGAGCUAAAAAAGCUUGUUUAAAGUCAAUUUUGGUGGUUUUAUUUGAUAACAUUGAUUGUGUUUAAUUUAAAAGACACUGUAAGAAGUUGUGGUUUUUAAGUAAGAAGUAGUGGUUUUUAAGUGCUCUCUUUUUGUGGUUGAGUAACCAGAUGCGUAAACUUGCAAUAGCAAGCAGGGCCCUCAGUGGGUGGGGGGAGAGCCUAGGACUAGGGUCUGGGGAGUUUUGUAUCCAUGCCAAAACUGCUGGCUAAUCCUCAAAAUACCCAACUGAGAGAGAGUAACCCCAUGCCUUGACAUGAAACUGUAUUCUCCAUGCCUCUUUGCCAGCACAUUUUACCAGGUUGUCGUUUUUUUUUCUGUCUUGUUUUUAAGUGCAAUCUUUUUUUUCUUUUUCUUCUUGAAUUUUUGAAUGUUCUUAAUUUUUAUUUUAAUUAACUUGGUCUUAUUUAAUUAACAUAUUUUGGAAGGUCUGCUGUGAAAUCCAGGCCACUGAAAAAUGAAAGCAUAAGUGGUUUGGUCAAAGGGGAAUGUUUUCUUGCUCUCCAAAGUUUAAUUUGGUCAACAAGUGAUGUUUGAGAUCAUGUGGCAUAAUUCAUUUUCCAUUUCAAAUAUCAUCUCCAUCAGUCUAAGUCCUGUGCUCAUUUUCCAGGAAUGUGUGAUUUAUACAAAUCGCUUGGAAUGACCGUGUAUCUUACAAAGUGCCCUUUAUGGAAAGCAACUCCAAACAGCUGUUGUUUGCUAUCAAUCCUUCCAGGAGAGGGCACCUCUACCGACUCUUAUUUCUAUUCUUUUUGACAAGGUGGAGCACUGCACUGCAUGACCAGCUUGUAAUAAAACCUUGAACUAUAUUCUAGGCAGGUUUAGACACCAUUUCUGGAGCUGAUGUGAGAUCCAAGUAGAUCAUGUUCUCCAUGCUCUCAGACAAGUUAGUUAAUGACAUCUUGCGUAAAAUUAUUGACAAUAUUGUCUGCUGUAGUGAUUUCUUAACUAAAAUCCACUUCCUGUGUUUUUUUCUUUGGUCUUGUUCUUUCCAAAUUAUCAUGUUAAAAUGUCUUUGUAAAUAGUUCUACGAUAUAGGAAGAAGAUUCAGCAGCAAGAGACUUGACUCUUCACUAUAGUUAAAUCGAUUCCAGCCACCACUAAGGCCCUUGGUGGCAACAUGCAGGUUUUCCCAAUGCCUGGUGAACUUUUUGCCCUUACUGCUCUUACAUUUUAAAGGCCAAGAAAUGUUUUUAAGACCCUGUUUAGUGCUAAGCAUACGGUAGAUACUUGAAAUUUUUAAACGCUUGCUAGUAUUUCACUUUUUGAAUAUAUAUAUUUUUUUUAAUUUGCAAAAGUGUACUUUCAGACACAAAGGCCAACUAAAUUUUCAAAUAUUUCAAAUGAGAAAACUGAAGUUUAAUUUUUUUAAAAAAAGAACAUUUUAGGAGAAAAUUAUUAGUCCACGUUGUUUGAAUCUGUUGAAUAAUUACCAUAAAUGCUGUGAGAUUGACAGGACCCCAGUGGUCUGCGGGGAAACUGGCUGGCAUGGUGACAUAGUGGACGAGGAACAGGGCGAGAUGGUUAUGACUUCUUGUGUGCCCAGUUGGAAUGACCCCCAGAUUGGUCCUUCAAUAAAGAAAUUUGGUGUGGCAGUCCAAAAAGAUAUGCGGAACUCAUUUCUGAAGGGGUUUGAAAUGAGAUGAUCUAUGCGUAUGUCAGUGUGGGGCUUGUUGAGACGAUGCCAAAUUUACAACUGCCUCUUGAUAGAUUUUUUUAAAGAACAAUGCUGUUACAGAGUAUCUGUUUAAGUGAAAAUGAAAGAACACUGGAAGUAAUUCAAAGAGUGGAAUGUUUGUGGCUUUCAAAUCAACUGUUGUCCAAAUUUUAGGUCUUAAUGUAGUUGUCACUUACGGUUCAUUUGGGACAUUUUUUGACAUGAGACUUCAACUGUUACACAAGCUGUUCACAAUCAGCAGUUUGUACUCGAGCUGUUCAUUCAGAGGAUCUUGACAUGUCUAGUGGAAUACUCAAAAUUCUUAAAAUUUUGUACUCUGUAUUAGACGUUGACGUCACCAUUGCAUCUACACCGUGGCUAUGCAGGGGUCGUUCCGCCAGGUCAUUCACCCAGCAUUGAACUGGGUGGGUAACCCGAGUGCAUUAUCAGACCUUGGCAAGUCAUCCACUUCUUAUAAAAUCCAACCAUUAUUUGAAAGCCACAACAUGUUUGGGUUUCAGAAAAUAACAAUACUUGUUUGUUGUUUUACAAUUUUUUAGGGGAACCAAAGGUGUUUUGAUUUCUGAGUGUAAACAUAUGUAACUGCUGUUUUAACCCCCUCUCCCAUUUGUUAUGGUUUAAAUGCAUUUCUGCUGUCAGGUCUACACAUGUACCCCUGCCUGAUACUAAAAACUCCAUUAUUAAUAUUAUUAUUAUUGAAUCAGGGUCAGUAGUAUAUAUCAGGAUGUAUAUAGAUGUAAAUAUAUUUGAGAGAUAAAACAUAUAUAUGUAUAUGUAUACUUAUAUUGGUACAUAGUUAUAAGAACAUAGAUUUUAAUUUUAUUACGUAAGAUGCUAAUUAUUCACAUUAUUUUACAAGGUCCUAGUCAUUUUCUCAAAUGAUUACCAUGAGUAUUCUGUGGAUGGAUGAAUGAAUGGAUGGAUGGAUGGAUUUAACGUCUCACUGGUGAUUGCAAACUCUGAUGGUCAAUCAGUCUGCUUUUAACGCUUUUAUCGCUGGCGUACCCUGUGUGUUUCUGCAUUUUAGGUCUUGUUGCACAAUUGAUGUCCAGGGCAUGCAUUUAGAAGCACUGUGAUACUAAUUCAAGAGAUUUUCUUUCUAUAUAUGUAUGUUGUUUUUCACAGAAGAACUCGAGUCUUGAGUAGUUAAGUUGUCAUCUGCUGAACAUUUUUCUCUAAGAUAUUUAUUCAUGUUUUAUGCUUUAUUAUGGUUAUGUCUGUCUACCAAAUGGCUAUAUAAUUGGAAAUGAUUCAACUAGUAACUACAUAUGGGAAAAAAGGUUAAAUAAUUUCUGUGCACCAUAAGAAACAUUUUAAAUUUUGGAUGGUCUUAUGAUAAGGAAUAUAAUGUUUAAUGAGAUGUUUAUUUUGCACAGUUUUAGGGUCAUUUCAACUUUGUUUGUUAAGAUGCCAAACAUUUAAAAAUUUGCUAAUAAUUGUUGAAAUACCUAAAAAGAUCACAAGGGCUUCUUUGAAGUGGUCUGCAAGAACCUUCAUGAUUUCUAUGGUUAUUACUUUUUUAAUUCAAACAAAUACAUUUAUUAUUCUUCAGAAAAAAAAGAACAUGUUGGUAGCAAGUUCUUUAAAAGAUAUUGUUGUAAGUUUUUAUUUAAAGUGUUGGUUUGAUGUCAGAAAGUAUUUUUUUAAACAUUCAGUGACCUAAAUAUUAGAUCAUACUAAGUAAUUUAAUACCUUGAGUAUUUGAAAUUUUCAAGUAAUUCCUUUGAAUUUAAAUUCUUCAUUGGUCUGAGACAUGUUUUUAGAAAUUUCAGAUAUGCAUCAGAAUUUGUUUUUUUUGUAAUUUUUAUCAGCUAAGAUAUAUUGUGGUCUUGCUUUCCAUGGAGUUUUCAACAGAUUUUAUCCCAAAUGUGUACCACAGUUAAUUUUUCCUCUCACUAGACUGAACUUGAAGUUAAUAAUAGAAGAUCAAAAAAUAGAAUAUCAUUAGUAUAUUCAUGUGCAAUUCAUGUACUGAUUAGAAAGCACCAGCUAGUCAAAGUGGAUAGCAUUAGAAAGGUGAAAUAAUGCAGUGACAAUCAUUGUUGACAAUAGGUCACAUCACAAAGUAGCAUGUUCUUUGACUGGUGUUAAAAUAUGGUGUGCUCCUGGCUGGUUGCUUGAGGCAGACAAACUAGAUCUUUUUUCAUCUACUAUUUCUCUACUUGUAUGUAAGAUAUUCAUUUAGAUUCUAGUGGCUAGUUUUGCUAAAACAUGCCUUUUUAGUGUACAGACUUUCUUGAAGUUUUCUUGAAACAAUACUCAAACAGAUUACUUAACUCACAGAAAUGAAACAAUGUGGCCAACUUGCAAAUGCAGAACUUUGUAUACCAAUGUGAAAAGCAACAUAAUUUUGUAAACCCAUGUGUGCAAUUAAUUGUUCAUCUGCCAAAACAUUUUCAAAUUCAAAAUUGAAUAGUAAAGGGCAGAUAUUCUCUGCAGAAUUCAUAUGUAUGGAAACCAGAUUUUUUUUAGUGUGAACAAAAUAUCAAAUAACUGUGAAUGUAGUUUCACUGUGGGUAUGUGUGAUCUCAUGGUACAUUGGUAUGUAUAUAAGGUCACCAACAUGUUCUUUCCAGAUGUACAGUGAAGAAAACCCUGAUGCAAUAUUACCUUGUACUGUAUGUGAGUGUCCAUUGUUUCAGGUACAAAGUGUCACAGUAGAGAAUUAUGUUUCUGUAUAUCAAAUAAGCAAGCUUUAUCCUGAAAGUAACUUAUUUAUUGUAUAGUGUACAUCGUCUCUUUUAUAUUUUUUCCAUUUCACUGCAUUGGUCAUGGCAAACAAAUUAUUAAACUAGUCGCAGCUGGUAUCAUUCAAACUAGUCACUGACACUGCCCGAGAGCCAGCUUGGUACCUUCAUCUUCUAAUGUCAUAGUGCAAUUGUAUUAGGUGAUACAACAUUCAGUAUUGCGGCAGUCGUUAACAGUAGAUGCAAUGCAAGUGUUUGGAUCUGUUCUAUUUUAUGUAGUUGUGUAACAUACAGAUUUUUGCAGAGGAAGUGCUCCUCGAUGUGUAACAUGUGAUUCAGAUCAAAAAUAAAUACAAAGUUGAAAUUA